AGUGUCCCGUGUGGAGGCAGAGAGGGCGAAGUUUGACUCUCUGCAUUGCAGCCUGGGCGCUGCUGCUGCUGCUGCCGGAACCCAACACAACAAUGGCGACUCCCAGUCCUGACAGCAACUCCACAAGCCCCACCAACAACAGCGGCAACAUCGUCGGAUCCACGUCGCACCAUUUCCACCAGCAGACACAGAGCAGCAGCAUGCAAGAAACCAACAGCUGCUGGAGAUGUCAGAAUGAAACAGGGUUUCAGAUAAGCCUGUCUGGAGUUUCCCAAAGUAAACGUAAAGCUCUGAAGCUGAACUUCGCUAACCCUCCAGUCAAACCGGCCUCCAGACUCCCCAUCAACCCGACACCGCCAUCCUUCCAGAACCCCCACAUAGAGCGUCUGCGGACGCACAGCAUCGAGUCGUCAGGGAAGCUGAAGAUUUCUCCGGAGCAGCACUGCGACUUCACGGCUGAGGACCUGAGGGACCUUGGGGAGAUCGGUCGGGGGGCGUACGGCUCCGUCAACAAGAUGGUCCACAAACCUACGGGACAGAUCAUGGCUGUCAAGAGGAUUCGUUCCACGGUGGAUGAGAAGGAGCAGAAGCAGCUGUUGAUGGACCUUGAUGUGGUGAUGAGGAGCAGCGACUGUCCCUACAUCGUCCAGUUCUAUGGAGCGCUCUUCAGAGAGGGCGACUGUUGGAUCUGUAUGGAGCUCAUGUCUACCUCAUUAGACAAAUUCUACAAAUAUGUAUAUUGUGCAUUAGAUCACGUCAUUCCAGAGGAAAUAUUAGGAAAAAUAACUUUAGCGACGGUUAAAGCACUGAACCACUUAAAAGAAAACUUGAAAAUAAUUCACAGAGACAUCAAACCUUCCAACAUUCUCAUGGACCGACGGGGGAACAUAAAGCUGUGUGACUUCGGGAUCAGCGGUCAGCUCGUCGACUCCAUAGCAAAGACCAGAGAUGCCGGCUGCAGGCCGUACAUGGCGCCUGAGAGAAUAGACCCGAGUGCGUCCCGUCAGGGUUACGACGUCCGCUCAGAUGUUUGGAGUUUGGGAAUCACUCUGUACGAGCUGGCCACGGGACGGUUCCCCUACCCCAAGUGGAACAGCGUGUUUGAUCAGCUGACCCAGGUGGUCAAAGGUGAACCGCCGCAGCUCAGCAACUCUGAGGAGAGACAGUUCUCCCCCAAAUUCAUCAACUUUGUUAACCUAUGCCUUACAAAGGAUGAAUCUAAAAGGCCAAAGUACAGAGAGCUUCUGAAACAUCCCUUCAUUCUGAUGUACGAGGAGCGCUUUGUGGACGUGGCCUCGUACGUGUGCAGCAUCCUGGAUCAGAUCCCCGCCUCGCCCAUCUCUCCCAUGUACGUCGACUGAUGGCGCUAAGCCGGGGGGAGGGGCUUACGGGGGGGGGGGGGGUUACACGCACUAAGCUUUGUGAUGCGACGCUCGACAUGAUAGCCCUCGGUAGUUUAUUCACUCGUUCCAAAGAACUAAGGAACUCCAGAUUGCCCGGUGCAAUGAGAAAACCCUAACGAACCCUUUCCACCUCCGUCACCUCAUCAGAGUAAAAUCUCAUCAUCUUCAUCUUCACCCAGAAAAACUUGAAGACAAACGCCGUCUUAGGAAAAUGCAAAGCAUCUUUUAUGUGAGCAGAUAGAGAAACAUUUAUGGUAUAAAUAUAUUUACUUGAAGUCGUCGAUGUACACAAAAACAGAACCUACCAAAUAAAAUGUCGAACAGUGACUCACGAUCAAAAAAAAAAAAAAGCCGUCUGUUGGAUUGUAAACGUGGACUGUCUGUUAGUGGUUUCACUUCUGAAAUGUACACAUGUAUGCACUCACAGACACACCUUCACUCACCGUUAAAGACCAGUAUGCAAAGUGAGAGCUCAUGGAUUCGGUCGCGUGGCUUUAUUUCUUUAUUUUUGUUUUCUGUUUUAUUUUCAAUAUGCAAUCUGUGAGAGUUUGUCUGUUCUCACUUUAACGUUCGCUCCAGUUUGUGCUUUUUAAAGAUGUGCCGUAACAUUUGAGUCAUGGAGCUAAAGAGUCACGCUUUAUCAAAAAGUAGUUUUUAGGGGAGCAGGUGGCCUAGUGGUUAAAGGCGCACCCCAUGUACGCGGACGGCCCGGGUUUGAAUCCGGCCUGAGGCCCUUUACCGCAUGUCUCUCCCCCACUCUCUUCCCUGUUUCCGACUCUAUCCGCUGUCCUCCUCUAUCAUAAUAAGGGCACUAAAAUGCCCAAAAUAAAUCUUAAAAAAAAACAAAGUUUUUAAAAAGAUCUUUAAAUAUAAGUUAAUGGAGAUGUCUGUUGAUGUGCGCCAUGUUCCCAUGAAAUCAAAUCAGAUCUUUGAAUCAGUUCAUUUUACUCAUUCAUGAAUUCAUUCAUAUUCAGAUAUUUGAUCCUUUCUAUCAGUAUCUGUUAAAAUAUGAAUUAUCUGAAGGGAUUCUGGAUAUCUCAACUUCAUGAAAGACGUUCACAAUGCUGAGAAGAUUUUAAGAUGAUGAAGUCCACAUGUAAGUGGAAAGACUGAAUAUAUGGGAUGAUAAAAUCAAACAUUUAUAUGGAAAGACGCAUAAUUUUCAAGAUUAUAAAGGUGAAAAUUUGUGGGAAAAAAAACACAUUUUUUGUAGAUUUUGAAGUUGCAAAUGUUUGUGGAAAGACCCAGGUUUUAAUAGAUAGAAUAGUUGAAAAAUUGUGUGGAAACACCCAUAAUUUUGAGAAAAGAACUUGAAUUUUUGAGAUCAUGAAGUUAAAACUGUCAAAUCCCAGGAUUUAAAAGAAAAAAUUGAAAUUUUGAAAAUUUAAUAUUUGUUUAAAUUCAAAAUGUAUGAGGCAAAAAUUUACACCAAAGGACUCAAAAGUUUAUAGAUUUUAAAUUCCCAUUUUUUUUCAGAAAUGACCCAUAAUGUUUGAGAUGAUACAGUUUAUAUCUAUGAUCAAAUGAAGUUCAGUAGGACCAGCAGAUGGGAACAGGAGGUGUUUCCUGCAAAGAAAACACUUUCAAAAUAACAAAGUUAGUUCUGUUUCCAGCUGUGACAUCUGGUCAGAUCAGGAGACGGCACAAUCUGGAGCCACUUUUGAGUCUCGAUAGUAGUGAGCAGUUUUGGCAAGAAGUUCAAAAAUCUCUCUAAGAAACUGAUGUCUGUUUGUGACGGGAAAUCCGCCUCCUUUUAGAGAUCUGGAUCUUUCGGCUCAGCUCAGUAAUAAGAACCAGUUUGGCUUUUUAAAUGUGGAUUAUAUAAACAUAAAAAUAAGAGAAAGGAAGAUGGCUCUCAGACAGGAGCCAGCUCCGGUCAUUCAUAUAAAGAGCCAGCUCGUUCAUCGUCACUCGUUCUCUCUCUUAAUAUCAUAUUAGUGUUUCUAUCAAAAGGAUGGUUAUGUCAGAACGGGGGAGAAAAGCUGUUAAAGAGGCUUAACUAGCCUCUCAGCUCAGUCCUAGUCUCCUCUAGACUCUGGUCUCAGUCCUAGUCUCCUGUAGACUCUGGUCUCAGUCCUAGACUCCUGUAGACUCUGGUCUCAGUCCUAGACUCCUUUAGACUGGUCUCAUUUCUAGUCUCCUCUAGACUCUGGUCUCAGUCCUAGACUCCUCUAGACUGGUCUCAGUCCUAGUCUCCUCUAGACUCUGGUCUCAGUCCUAGACUCCUUUAGACUGGUCUCAUUUCUAGUCUCCUGUAGACUCUGGUCUCAGUCCUAGACUCCUCUAGACUGGUCUCAGUCCUAGUCUCCUGUAGACUCUGGUCUCAGUCCUAGUCUCCUCUAGACUUUGGUCUCAGUCCUAGUCUCCUGUAGACUCUGGUCUCAGUCCUAGACUCCUGUAGACUGUUCUCAGUCCUAGUCUCCUGUAGACUCUGGUCUCAGUCCUAGUCUCCUGUAGACUCUGGUUUCAGUCCUAGACUCCUGUAGACUGUUCUCAGUCCUAGUCUCCUGUAGACUCUGGUCUCAGUCCUAGUCUCCUGUAGACUCUGGUCUCAGUCCUAGACUCCAGUAGACUGUUCUCAGUCCUAGUCUCCUGUAGACUCUGGUCUCAGUCCUAGACUCCUCUAGACUCUGGUCUCAGUCCUAGACUCCUCUAGACUGGUCUCAUUUCUAGUCUCCUCUAGACUCUGGUCUCAGUCCUAGACUCCUCUAGACUGGUCUCAGUCCUAGUCUCCUCUAGACUCUGGUCUCAGUCCUAGUCUCCUGUAGACUCUGGUCUCAGUCCUAGUCUCCUGUAGACUCUGGUCUCAGUCCUAGACUCCUUUAGACUGGUCUCAUUUCUAGUCUCCUCUAGACUCUGGUCUCAGUCCUAGACUCCUCUAGACUGGUCUCAGUCCUAGUCUCCUCUAGACUCUGGUCUCAGUCCUAGUCUCCUGUAGACUCUGGUCUCAGUC